GAGUGGCGACAGGUCAGUUGUACACGAGCUAGUGUGGGAGGUGGUGAUUGUGGGUCGGUGGUGCGUAGCCCCGAGAUGGAUCUCGUGUCCGCAGAUUUUGAGGUCUUCGGUAAAGUGCAAGGUUGCAAUUUCCCGAAAGUUGCCAAGGACCAGGCGGACUCGCUAGGUGUGUUUGGCUGGAUCAAGAACACCAAGACAGGCUCGAUCCUCGGGCGUAUACAGGGCACCGAACCUGCCUGCGCCCAAAUGGAGCGGUGGCUGAGUGAGGAAGGCUCCCCAGGAUCCAUGAUAGAGCGAUGUGACAUCACCAACAAGAAAAAGAUCGUCAGGCCCGACUAUCAAAAAUUUAAAAUUGCCUUCUGACUCCAUCAAUUCAUCUACUUCAUUACCUUAGGGAUUUAUAAGGCUCUGUGUUUGUUUGCUUGGCACGGUUUAAAUGGCAAGUGAUCAUCUAUAAUAUAAUAUGUUAAAAAUAACCAAUUUAUAUUAGAGUUUCUUAGUUACUUGUGACUUUUCAUGGUUCAAAGUCGAGGAUUGCUCGAUAAUCUUGUAUUACUUAACACUCGUAUGAUGCAUUCGACUUCAUUUGCGUGCUCGGAUUGUUAUUGCUAUUCAAUCCUCGAGAAAAGUUUAGAUUAUUCUAGCGAUGGUCACUACGUUACCUACUUAUAGUCCUCAUUUACCGUAGUCGAGGUACGUAGAACCAGAGAAAUGCUUCCUGCAUAACUUCUGCAAUACGCUGCGAUAAAUUUGUAAGCAGUUUAUUUUUACCUACCAACAUGCCAUAUUAUUGUGCAUUAUUCCUUUUAACUAGGAAUUCAGUCAGCUGCGAAAUGACAUUAUACACGAAUGGACCAGGAAUUAACUGUAAUUCUAAACCAGUCUUUUAAUGAUUUGGCUAUCUCAUACCACCAAGUUUUAAAGUAAAAUAAAAAAAGUAUUUAUUGUUUUCAUCAAUCAUUCUGACACUCGCUGACAAAUUCCCGAUAUAUAAUCAAAAUUGGUUGCAAAUUAAAAGCUGGUAAAUGAGAAUGCUUGCAAUAUGUCCGGGUAGAUUUUAGUUGAAUAAAAUAUUAAUUUUU